AUGGAGGCCGUCAGCGCGCUGCUGGCCGGCUGCCCGGUGGCCGGGGGGCUGGGGGUCACCGUCUGCGCUGCCGCCGGGCUGCUGCUCUACAAGAUCGCGCGGAGGAAGAAGCCCACACACAUGACUGUGAACUGCUGGUUCUGUAACCAGGACACGGUGGUGCCAUAUGGGAAUCGCAACUGCUGGGACUGUCCCUACUGUGAACAAUACAAUGGCUUCCAAGAGAACGGAGACUACAACAAGCCCAUUCCUGCCCAGUACAUGGAGCACCUAAACCACGUCGUGUCAGGUGCCGCGACCUUUUGCGACCCCACCAAGCCACAGCAGUGGGUGAGCAGCCAGAUCUUGCUGUGCAAGAAAUGCAACAACCAUCAGACCAUGAAGAUCAAGCAGCUGGCAUCCUUUGCACCCAGGGAGGAGGGUAAAUACGACGAGGAGAUCGAGGUAUAUAAGCACCACUUGGAGCAGACCUACAAGCUGUGCCGCCCAUGCCAGGCCGCUGUGGAAUAUUACAUUAAGCACCAGAACCGGCAGCUCCGGGCACUGCUACUGAGCCACCACUUCAAACGCCGGGAGACCGACAAGCCCUAUAUGCAGAGUUUUUGCUCAUCCUCUUCCUCCAUGAGCACCCCGACUCAGGUGAUAAUUCUGCGGUUCCUGACCUUUCUCAGCUGUGUGUUCCUUGUCCUGAUGGCCUCGUAUGGGUCAGGCGAUCCCUUCUCACUCAAAGGCGCGGCCUCUGCUCCUAUGGAAUCUGGCCCCACUGCCAUCAGGAAUGGGACUGGAGCAAGCCCAGCAGCGGCCUCAGAGAAUCGCACUCUCCUGGGAGUUGCAGGCUGGUGGGAGCUGCUCCACCUGCUGCCGGAGAAAAUGGUGAAGAACUUGAGUGUCGCUUGGACCUACGGGAGGAACCAUCAGAUUGCAGUCGUCGUCCUUGGGCUGGCCACCUGCCUGUUAGCCAUGCUCCUGGCCGGACGGAUCAGGCUGCGGAGAAUCGAUGCCUUCGCCUCAGUCCUGUGGCUCCUGGUGAUGGGUUUGCACUUGGCUGAAAAGUACCUGAAGGCGGACAUGCCCAGCUGGCUGGACACGGCCAAAUUCGGCACCACAUCCCUGUGCUGCCUGGUGGGCUUCACCGCAGCAGUGGCCACACGAAAGUCAACGGGCCAACGGAGAUACCGGCCCCGAAGGUUUCUUUCCGGGGAUUCAGUUGCUCUGUUCCCCAAUGGCUCUGGGAUUGGUUUCCCUUGUUCCGCUGCCUCACCGUCUGUUUUUAUACCAACGCCCCCCAGCAUCCUCCAGCUGACGAACCAGCAGUUCUUCAGAUCCCCACGCAGGGCUUCCUCUUCCUCGCUCCCUGGACGUCUGAACAGGGCCCUCUCGCUGGGCACCAUCCCUUCCCUAGCCAGGACAGAUUCUGGCUACUUGUUCAGUGGAAGCCGCCCGGCGUCCCAGGGAUCUCAGUCCAAGGACUCGCCUGCAUCAGAGUACUACUCUCUGCUGUCUGGAAGCUGCGCCCCAUCCCCAAUCCCAUCUCCAGCACCUUCGGUGACUGGGUCCAUCACCUCCAGCUCAGGCUCCUUGCGUUACCGCCGGCCUCUCAUCAGUCCUGCACGCCUGAACCUGAAAGGACAGAAGCUGCUGCUUUUUCCAUCCCAGAGUGACGCCCUGCACACAUCGAUCAGCUUGGAUGAGCCCACUCACCCUGACAGCAACGUCUUCGCUGCUGAGCUGACCCCGUUCCCAAGAAAGAACCUCAACGAGCGGGGAAUGCAUGACAAGAGGUCAGUCAUGGAAAGAGGGAGUAUUUGCAGUAAUAAUUCCAUCAAAAAAGAGGAUAAUUCAUCACAUUCAUCCACCUGUGUGGUAGACACGACCACCAAAGGAGAAGACCUAGCAGGCUGGAGAGGUCAUGUUGGUAACUCGGUUAUCCGAGGUCUCCUUGCCAUGAGCCUGACAGCCAAUGCGAUCUUCACAUCAGCCUACCUCUACCAGAGCCUGCGCUGACCUGCAUUGCCCCGGCUCUCUGUGGCACCCCCUACUUCCCAAGAGACUCUGACACAAGAACCACAGCUUUGGUGUCUUAUGGCCGUGCCACAGGUGCAUGCUGCUUAUGAACCACUGCCUGCCAGGCUGCAGUGACACAGAACCAGACAGCUGCUGCUGCCACCUUCUGAGCAGAACGUAUCGAAGGGCUGUUGUGAUGCUGGUGGUGGCCAGCGGGAUUCUUUGCAAUACCCAGCUCAAGGUCAGCUAAUGUCCCUUGCACCUUCUUUCUAAAGAAUCAGUCUGUGGCAUGAACUGGAGAAGAUGUAAAUGACCUGCUUGGCUUUGUCUCAUCCCAUCUUCCCUACCUAUUAACCAAUCUCAGAUGGACGGUGGUGAUGGAAUAAGAAGAAAUUGAACAAAUAAGUUGGAGACAAGACAAGUUGGGACCUGGGCUUUGAUUAUUGAAAUGGUUUCCCAGCCUGGUUUCCUCAUUGGCAUCUAUUCUCCCUCCCUCUCACUCUUCCUGGUUUGUUCUAUAUGAAUAGUUUUAUAUCCUCCUUAAGGUUUCCAGAACCCAUGGCGGGAACCUAAGCUGCUCUGUGAUUCUCUUGCAUGGUGGGUGGGGUGUGUGUGUGGUGGGGGGGUGUACAUCCAUCCAAUAUGCUGUCUGAGGUCUCUCUAGCCAGUAGCCUUCCUGCAAUUCUGGCUCGUGGUAACAGUUCGUGUCCAUUGCUCAAACCAGUACAGCUGCUGUAGAGCUGGGCACGUCUGCAUCAGAAAAGCAGACCACGUUUUUUGCCUUCCGGGAGGUGCCGAUACUACUGUCAUAAGAUGUGCCCUGAUGCACUUGCAUCAAGCCUCAGGGGCUCCAGGCUGCAGUUCUGACUGGUGUGUUUGCUGACAUCAGGAGCUGCACAGCUUGUUCGUACUGUAAACCACAUAAACCUGCUGUUUUGGAAACUGUGUGAAGAGCGCUUCUAACAGGGAGGAGUCUGAUAACAUGCCCAACUCUAGAGGCCUGGCUCCUCGUGGUUGGCUGAGGCCUGUAUCAUUCACUAUUUAAGGUAUUGCCUUCUUGGCUAAACUGCAAGUCUCUCUCAGCUAGAGAUGCACCAGACCAGCUAAGCAUCCAGGAUGUCCUUUAAAAUCCAUGGUGGUAGCCCAAGACUUUCAAAAAUAGUUUCUAAUUUUGAGAGUCUCAGUUUUUUGGGUGUCCAACUUGAAAUGCCUUAAAAGGAGCCAGGUAAUUUUUUUCCAGAGGGUGAGUGUUUAGCAUCCUUGGAAAUCAGGUCCCUUUAAGGUGUCAAGUUGGGCACCCAAAAUCACUAAGCAUGUCUGAAAAUUUAGUGUCUAAAUUCCUAUAUCCCAACCACGUGGUACAAAGGAGACCUAGCUAACACUAAGGAUGAGGCCUCUGAAGCAUGACAGAACUCUGCCCAGAACUUUCCUGUUGUCCUGGUCUUGAAUCCUCUUACCUCUCCCCAUCUUCUGUUCUGGAACUACUGAAUUGCGUUUGCCAUGUUUCUUCCCCACUGUAUGCCCUGCUACUGUUUACUUUAGGCAUUCCUCCACCUCCUCCACACCCAACCACCAUGGUAGUCUGCUGGCAAUAAGAGACUUCCCCAUUAAUCUGAAAAUCUCAUCUCAUCGUGGGGAUCAGGUGCUUUAAGAAACUGCUUUUCCUUCAUGUUGCUUAUUGAGCCAUCAUGCCCUCUCCUAGACAAACAGUGAUAACCUAACACUCUAAUCAAUGUGCUGCCCAUCCAGGUGGGUGGCCUUUAGUGCUGAUGACUCGAGCUGUAGAAAAUCAAGUCUUGCUCCCCCUGUGUGUCUGGCACGUAUUCUUGCAUUCUCUUCGCAACCCUCGUCCAGCCCCUAUUGAUCAGCGAAGCCCUCUCUCUCAUUACAUGGAGGAGACUGACUGGCUGCCACAGGCUUUUAUCAAGAGAUUGUGGAAGCAGGAUCUCUGACUCUGCAGCUUUGUCUGGACCUUCCUUUGGUGUUCUGACCCGGCUGUCUACCAGGCAACUCCUUCACAACGGCCUAGAUUGAGACUAGCAACUGCAUCAGAAAUAGUGGGUCAUGCAGGAUGCUGAUUAGAACUCUUUGUAAUUUGGAUUAACGGUUUCCCAUGCUGGGCUAGUCCACAACCUCACUGUGAUGAGAUUUGUUUCCCUUUGACCUUUCUUUGGGUUGUAUUUAGUGUUCAUACAGGCAAAAAACUGGUAGUGCCCCUGCGCUGGUGAGCAUUCCACAAGCUUCUCCAUACCAUUGUGACACUGUAACUCACUCCUGACCCACAACAACACGUGGUAUCCUGGUCAUGGCCCCUUGUCCUGACUUUCGGCAUGCCCACAUGCUCCUAAGCAGAGAUUGCAUCCCGUAGACUACGGUGGCCUUGGGUGUCUUAUGAUAGAUGUGCACUGUGACUUUGCUUAUGCCAUGAAAUUCGUUUCACUUCUCACCUCCCAGCCUGUGCUGCAUUUACCCACCGCCACAUCUAGCACACGGCCCCACGUCACAUGGCUUUUAUUUGUCCCCACCAA